AUGCUUAUCAUACGAAAAAUAAUAAGUGUAAUCGCAUUUAUCGCAACAUGCGUAACUGCAUCAAAUAUUGUUUGUGAAGCACCGCUACAAACAACCUGCAUUGCUAUUGAGAUUGAGAAAAUAGAAUCAAUAAAUGAGACAAUUGAAAUUGUUGGAUCUGAAAAUGGUGCUCAAUAUUAUCCAGCAGUGACUGGAUUUUAUGCUAUUUCAAAGGAUUUAGACAUGCAGUACAUCCCCUCAAACAUUUUUAAAAUUAUGCCAAAUUUGGAAUAUUUCUAUGCGUACGAAGUUAAUUUGAAGCAACUUCCAACAGAUUCCUUCAAAAGAUGUUCGAAAUUACAUCAAAUUUCUUUGGCAAAGAAUUCAAUUGAGACACUCGGUCAAGGCUUCGCAAUAGGAUGCUCAAAUGCUUACUUGCUAGAUCUUUCGUAUAAUCAAAUCACAGAAUUAACUGCUGCAUCAUUUAAAGGUCUGACGUCGUUGACAACUUUAACAAUAAAUUUUAAUUUCAUCGAGGUUAUUGGGAAAGGAACAUUUGACACAAUGCCAGUUCUAACAUUAAUUUCAAUGAGCAUGAACAAAAUUAGUACCGUACAUCCUAAUGCAUUCAUGAAAUUGUCGAACUUGGGUUCAUUAGUUCUAAAUGAUAAUAGAAUAAAAGUCAUCAAGUCUGGGUGGUUUGCUAAUAAAAAUUUCCUCGCGACUGUCAACUUGCAAAGCAAUGAAAUUUCUGCCAUUGAACCCAAUUUCUUGACAGAAUGGACGAGUUCUAAUUUGAACACAACAAAAAGCUUCAACUACGAACUAAAUUUGAUGGGAAAUAAUUGUAUCAAAACGAACAUGAAGGAAAUAAGUGAUAAAACGACGAAAUAUUAUGAGAACAGCUUGUACAAGUGUUUUGAAGAGUAUGAAAAUAAUUACUUCUUUAAAAACUUCCCAUGA